CCUCCAAGUCUUUCUUCAUUCACACCUUCAAUAGCUUUUCCAUUAAGCUUUCUGAAUCUCAAUUCGAAACCCUAACUCUUUUCAGAGCACUAACUUCUGCUCUAGAUAUGGCACCAAAGGCAGAGAAGAAGCCAGCAGAGAAGAAGCCUGUAGAGGAGAAGAAGUCCACAGUAGGAGACAAGGCUCCGGCGGAGAAGAAGCCUAAGGCAGGAAAGAAGCUUCCAAAGGAGGGAGGAGCUGGCGGUGAUAAGAAGAAGAAGAGAAGCAAGAAGAGUGUGGAGACAUACAAGAUCUACAUCUUCAAGGUCUUGAAACAGGUUCACCCUGACAUUGGUAUCUCCAGCAAGGCCAUGGGCAUCAUGAACAGUUUCAUCAACGAUAUCUUCGAGAAGCUUGCCCAGGAAUCUUCUAGACUUGCCCGCUACAACAAGAAACCCACCAUCACUUCAAGGGAAAUCCAAACUGCGGUCAGGCUUGUAUUGCCUGGAGAAUUGGCCAAACAUGCUGUCUCUGAGGGUACCAAGGCUGUUACCAAGUUCACCAGUUCUCCGUUGAUCAACAGUCUCAUAAAAACUCCAGCUCAUCGAUCCGCGACAAACCCCAUUAGCCAAUCAGAAGACAAAACUUUCCCUAUAUUUAUAAUCCUCUUAAACUCUGAUGAUACUCACAACUUCAUCUGCUCUCACACCAAGCUUCUGAAAUCCCAAUUCCAAACCCUAAUUUACUUCAGAGCUCAAAGUUCUUCUCUAGAUAUGGCACCAAAGGCAGAUAAGAAGCCAGCGGAAAAGAAACCAGCGGAGGAGAAGAAGUCCACCGUAGGAGAGAAGGCUCCGGCUGAGAAGAAACCGAAGGCAGGGAAGAAGCUUCCGAAGGAAGGAGGAGCUGGUGACAAGAAGAAGAGACACAAGAAGAGUGUGGAGACAUACAAGAUCUACAUCUUCAAGGUUUUGAAGCAGGUUCACCCUGACAUUGGUAUCUCCAGCAAGGCCAUGGGCAUCAUGAACAGUUUCAUCAAUGACAUUUUUGAGAAGCUUGCCCAAGAAUCUUCUAGACUUGCCCGCUACAACAAGAAACCCACCAUCACUUCAAGGGAAAUCCAGACUGCGGUUAGGCUUGUGCUACCCGGAGAAUUGGCUAAACAUGCCGUCUCUGAGGGUACCAAGGCUGUUACAAAGUUCACCAGUUCUUAAACAAAUUAUCUGAUUCCUGAUCUGUGCCUUUGAUUCCCUAUGUUUGUUAGUUGUAUCUAGUUGAUCUAAAAUUCUGUUUCUAGAUUUGAAUCAUUAGAUUCUAGGAUUUAGUUUGCAUUGAAGAAGUUGGAUUGUGCAUAUCCUUUGUCUGUUGAAAUGAUAAAAUUGAUCCUUUAGAAGUGUUUCAAAAUCAA